AUGAAUUCUCAACCAUCGCACGACUUCGCGCAGGCGCAAUCUCUUCAGAUUCCUGGAUUACAAAGCCAAGACUGCAAGCUCAUCAUAAGACAGCAACCUCGCUACGCGAGAGUUAACAUGGGCAAAGAGAAAGACCGUCGAGCAGUUGACCCUCCGCCCGUUGUUCAGCUCUUAAUAUCCCACGCAGUCGACCCCGGUGAACGUUAUAUUAUAAACCCACAUUUUUUCAUGAAAAGUAGUCUUACGCCAGUCACAGAUAUGCAAGCUGGAACAUCCCAUGGAGCUUUACUAGCAGGAACCACCGUCUCAUCUUGUCAUCGCCUGAAGGAUCCGGAAACUGACGAAUGGGGCGCGUAUUUUGUAUUUGGCGAUUUGUCGGCCAAAAUAGAAGGUACCUAUAUAUUGGAGUUCAAUCUCUUCGAGAGCCGCGAAGACGAAGUGGUGUGGAUGGGAUGCAUUUCGUCAGAUCAAUUUAAUGUGUAUUCGUCGAAAGCUUUUCCUGGAAUGAUGGAGUCGACCACUAUGACCAAAAAGUUCCAGGAGCAGGGGCUCAAGUUGAGGGUUCGUAAGGAGCCCCGGUCGUUGCUCAGAAAGCGCGGUCCUGCGUUUGAUGAUUAUGAGCCCAAGAAGUAUCGUGCCAGAAUUCAAGAUCCGGAUGAAGAGUCGGGUUCUCCCGAGGCGAGUAAAUACAGCGAACAACAACAAGCUCCCCAUCAGACUACACGUUUGCAAGAUAGAUACUCGGUCUAUUCUCAGGAAUCCUCGUCGCCGGAAGAACGCCGGUUGAAGCGUGUAAGGACUGAUACCCUUUCAAGCCAAUCGCAAAGCCCAAAUUUCAAUCAACAAGCUUCUGCCGAUUCACUUGAAUGGCAUAGAGGGUACGCUAAUGUACAGCAGCAUCAGCAACAGCAACAGCAACAGCAAUCUUCUUUUGCGAGCCAUCAUGUUCCAAGUCAACACCCUUUGCAGAGUUACAACGACUAUAACUCCUCGAAUUAUGCACAUUCUCCCCAGGAAAUGACUACACCGGUUCGAGAUCAGUUCUUUUCGAAUCAACUCUCGAAUACCCACAUCCAUGACUCACCUCAACCCAGAUCUUUACAAUUCGAUAUGAGUAAUCAACGCCCAUCUCCCACAUACUAUCAUGCACAUUCGCAAGGGCCACUGCAUUCGACCGUUCCUAUAUUGUCAGAGCCCAAUCCAUUGAAUCACAGGCAGUCAACCGAUUAUCCAGCUAUGGGAUAUCCGCCAAGAUCACAUAUUUCACACAGUGGCCUUACCGGAAUGCUACCGCCAUCAAAUCUGGGGAGAAAUCCCAUCGCGCCUGGAUUUCCCGGCUAUCGGAGAGACACUGCAUAUGAACCACUACCAGGAGAAAGUCUUAACAUAGGGCAAUAUUCAGAGCAGGGUCAUUUCGGCCUUCCUCUGAGAGAUCCUUACGAAGGUCGACCCCCCGCACAUAUUGUGACAACAUCACAACCAGAAUAUUAUCAAUAA